AUGUCGAGAUAUGAAGCAGAGGAUGGCGGCCGUCGCUCGCGACGCGACCGCGACCACUCCCCCGAGUAUCAUUCUGGCGGCGGCGGCGGCGCAAGACCAUUUGAUCAGAACAAUCAGCCCCCGCCUCCUCCCCCUCAACAGCAGCCACAACAGCAACCUCGCGGCCUGAAUGAAGACUACUAUCGCGAAAGCGCCGCCACGCUCGGCGUCCCGGCUCCAAACAACCCCCGGCCACGGUCCGUGCCUCCCCCGUCCUCGGCGGUCGUACGCCGGCCCCGCUCCCCGUCUCGGUCGUCUCGCAACUCGCGUUCCUCGUCCCGAUCCUAUCGCGGCCGCGGCUUCGAUGAUGACGAUCGCAGUCGGUCGCGCGGCGGAUCUCGUGGUCCCGAUCCCAUGAGCCGCGCUCGGGGCAUUGUGCACGACAACUUUUCCCACUCGGCCGCAGGUAUCGGUGCAGGCAUUCUCGGGGCCGUGGUCGGGGGAAUCGUGGCCAACAAGGCGUCCGAGGCGGCCUUCAAGCACAGGCACAAGACGAGCGGCCGAGGGCGCCGCCAUAGCGAUGAAGCAGCUCCACGCAUGGUGUCCACAAUCCUCGGUGCCGUGGCUGGAGGACUUGGUGCGAAUGCCAUCGCGAACAGGGUCGAGGACUCGCGGGACAAGGGGCGACACCGCCAGCUUGCGUGGGAGAGUCGCUACGGGCCUGAGGAGGACUUGCCGCAUUACGACUCGGGGAGAUCGAGAGACCUCGAUCACCGAAACGGGCGCGGUCGGCUGUAUCGAGACGAUGAUGACGACUACGAUUACGUGUAUGACGACGAUAGAAGAUCCAGCCGGAGUCGCGAAGGCAGACGCCGUAGGGACGAGGAGGCCGGCUUCCGAUACCGAUUCUAA